AUGAAUAAUUUUUGGGAUGAAAUUAAUGUUCUAAAUAUUAAUGAAAUUUAUAAUCCUUUACAAAAUUUUUUAGAUAAUUGGAAUAUCUUUACAGAAAAUACCAAUGAGGCUUUGGAUAAUUUGGGAACUAAUAAUGAAAAUAUAUCUUUAAGUUUACAAUAUGAAACUACUCAAAAUGAAGUACCUAAUGAGCAGCAAAAUUUGAACAUGGAUGAAAACUUUGAAAAUAGUUCUGAUGAAAGCUCUUCUGAUGAAAAUAAUGAACAAUCAAUAAUUGAUAAAAUCAAAAAAGACUUACAACAUGAAGUUAAUAAUAAUACUGAAUUUACUUUACUUUUUGAAGGCUACAAGGAUUAUAAAACCUUCAAAAAUAUUGUCUAUAAAAUUGAACAACUUGAAAAAUGUAAAGGUGUCAACAAGCAAAGGUUGGAAAUAGCUUACUAUCUUGGUGAACUAAGGACCAAAAACCAACUUAAUAAUAAGUUUAUUCGAAAAAUAAGGAAUAAACUAAUAGUAAAGUUCAACAAAUCCAAAUCUGCAAAAAUUUAG